GGCUCGACCCAAUCCUCCAUUGCCAUCGCCUGCUAUCCUCCGUCGCCACCGCCUGCCAUGACGUCGUUCUCCUCUUCCUUGUCUGCCCACACUGGCACCUCCUAGACUGGUAGCUCAACCUUCCAUGUGAUCAACCAUCGCCUCUCAAUCAUGAGAAAGAACCAACCCCAUUUCCCCAAAUCCAACGUUGAACACAAACAAACCUAUAAAUGGACGAACAAGAAGAGGAAUAUGGGAUGAUGGGAUUUAGAUGUUACCAUGAGAAAGCUAGAGAGAAAGCUCUGAAUUUGGAUAUCAGGUAUUCUAUUUCCAGAGCUAAGAGAUUGAGAACUCACCAUUUUCCAACCCCAAUGAACCAUCAUCGGUGGAAUUUCACUUCCGGCGCAACGAGCUCCUCCCGUCCUUCGAUUCCUCGGCCUUCUCCACCACCUCUUGCUCGAGAACAAGAGCCGGCGAGUCAAUCGCCGACUUCUCCACCACCAGGACCUUAAGUUUCAGGUAGGGGAGGGAUUUGGACAGUAUCUCGACCCUGACCUGCUCAGGGGAUUUGGGCUGCGAUGCUUUAUCGGAGGGGAAGGGAACUGCUCGGGGGAUUGGUGUGUGCGAUGGAGAUUCGUGGAUUGGAAGAUUGAGGGAGUUAGGGAUUGCAACAGAAGGUUUAAUUUUUUUUUUUUUUUUGGUAAAAGGUUGGUUGGAUUUUUUUGGGCUGCGUGGGUUGAGAUGGAAAGGCCAGAUUAUGGGUUGGGUUAUGCUGAUGUGGCGGGUGAGGUUUUAUGAUGUGGAGAGUUAAAAAUGGGUGAAUCAGUAUUUUUGUUAGCCACGUCAGCUAAAUACUAACGGUGUUAACGGAGAGUGACUAAAGGUGAAACGUUAACCACUUUCAGUGACCACAAAUGAAAUAAAAUACUUUUAGUGACCAAACGUGAACUUUUUAGUACUUUUAGUGACCAACCUUGCAAUUUACCCUGAUGGGUGUAGUUACAGUCAAUCCUCCUUCAUACCUCUCACCCACUUAAGUAUCUCUUUAAAUAUAAACCCAACAACAUUUUUUUCUUCUUCAUGUAGUCUCUUCAUAUAAUUAUAUUGUUUCCUUUUCUCCUCUCCCCCUCUCUCUCCUCCACCCAUAAAAAAAAACAAUUGUGUCCCCGACUAUUUGUCUGUGCUUCUUCCCUCCUCUUCUUACGCAUGGACUUCAACACAAAACUGACGAGAGACGAGUUCCCUCACAUUGAUGAUCACCAUCACCAUCCCCACCAAACUCCAAUCAAUGGGUUUCUCGACUACUGCAAUGGUGCUAACAGCUUCUCCACGGAAGGAUUUCCUUCUUCUUCAUCGACCCGAUCUCGAAACAAACCAAAAUCGUGUUCGUCCGUCUUCCCAACACCACCUUGUCCUUCGAGUACCGAUCCCAUUCGAGAUCUAGCAAGGGGGUUCUCACCGUCAUCAACCAACAACAACCACCAUCACCACUACCAUUUCCAUUACCAUAGUCACGAACUGCUCAUUCCAACUCGUAACGACGAGAUCAAUUUAAACAACGAUCCUUCCCUAAAAAGGAUUGACGAGGAUGGCACGAUGGAGAAAGAUCAAGAAAUUCAAGAGGAGCAAAGUAAUGAUGAAGAUUCAUCAAUGCUAGUGAUGAAGGGGAAAGAUGGAUCAUCUUCAUCAGGGCAGCCUUCGAAGAGAUCUGCAUUCAAAGGCCAAUGGACCCUCGAAGAAGACAAAAUGCUGGUGCAAUUGGUGGGCGAGCAUGGACUCAAGAGUUGGUCUCAAAUUGCUAGGAUACUUGGUGGCAGGAUUGGAAAACAAUGUAGAGAAAGGUGGCAUAACCAUUUGAAGCCAGAUAUCAAGAAAGAUGCAUGGAGCAAGGAAGAAGACGAGAAGCUAAUCCAGGCCCAUAUGGAGAUGGGAAACAAAUGGGCCGAAAUUGCAAAGCGACUCCCGGGCCGGACCGAAAACAGCAUAAAGAACCACUGGAACGCCACCAAACGGCGCCAAUUCCCUUCCACCCGCCGGAACUACAGGUCCCCUGAACCCUCCGCCUCCGCCGCCGCCCUCAAGGACUACAUUCACACCGUCACCUCCCUAUCCUCGCCCAACGUGGAGAAGAAGAUUCUCACUCCCGCGCCAUCGAAUUGGGCGAAAAAAGGCAACUUCGCCGCAGGGUCGUCGUUGUCUAGGGAAUCCGAAGCUCCUGCCACCGCCGUCAUGUACGAUCUGAACGAGGCGUCGGAGCCGCCGUUCCUGUUUGCCGGCGACAGUGAUUCUGAACUCGGCAGCGUUAGGUUCGGGUCGGCUAUGGAAAUGCCGGAAUCUUCGUUUGCUGAUAAUCGUAAUGCGAAUUCAUUUGGGAUGUCGAUUGAUAGUUAUGCCGGCAGUUCGACGAUGGUGAGGCCCGGCAAGGGCGGGGAAGAGGGGGAGGGUGAGGUUUUGGGAAAGGAGAUGGAUUUUCUGGAUAUGCUGAUUCACCAGUGUUAAUUUAUUUUCUUGAAUACAGGGCAGGCAGGCCGCAGGCAAAGCAGGAGAGGAAUUACAGAGGAUUAGAUUUAGGGGUGGGUGGGUCAUGAGUUGAGUUGAAUUGAAAUGGAUUAUUAAGUUCGUGGAUUGUGUUUAAACUAUAUAACAAACGCCAAUGUCCAAUAUAAGAAUCAAUCUAACAGCAAAUGACACCCAACAACUAAAGGAAACUAAACAACAAGUAACUCUCCAUUGGUGUAGUGGUUAAAGUUUUCACUGAUGAGUGAUGAAAUAGAAAGCCCCCGGCGGCUCCAGCUGGAAACUGUUUCUCCCAUUGUCUAAAACCGCGGUUGCUGUGCUCGUGUUGCAGCAGCAAGGAUGAUGGAACUGUCGGAGAAUACUGCUUGGUUCUUCAUUUGCGCGUUGAUGGAAGUAGGCAAGAAAAUUCCAAAGCUUUUUGACGAGGGAGGGAAAAUGUUGAAUUGGGUUGAUGAAGUUGGGAUUUGGUAAGGGAAGCAUAUUGUAGUGGGGAGCUGUGGUUCAUAUUUAGAGCGGUUAUGAUCCGAGUCUAGUUUUGUUAUAGUUCGGGCUCGACUCGUUAAUAUAUUUUCAAGUUCGAGCUCAGCUUGUUUAUGAAGCUAGAGCUCGGCUCGUCAAAUAAGUUUAAAGAGCCCAAAAUCGGGUUCAACUCAUAAAAUGUUCAUAUUAGCUCAAAAUUAACCUAGAACUCAAUACGAAAUUACAUUUAAACUUGUAGCAAAGUCUAGCAAAUUAAAAUACAAUAUUUAUCCCAAUUUCAAUACAUAAAAUCCUUGAAUUCUAAUCCUUUCUGAUGCCAAGCCAUUAAUGGGGUGGGUUUUCUAAUUCAUACCAUCUCAAUUUUGACAUACUCAAAUACAUAUUUGUCUCGUACUUAAGUGUGAGCAUCAGUGGAUUCAGUUGAAAUCGGAUAGAAUUGAGAUAAAAUCGGGCCAAAAUAAAUGAAAAUUGAGGACGAGAACUAGACUCAAACAGGUUUGUUUCAUUUGGUUCGACACAGUCCGAUUCAAAUUCAAUUUCGGACCACUUUUUCUGUCAUACUAACUUUUAGGACCAAAAUCAAAAUGAUAUACGUUC